GGAAUGUUUGCGAAUGAGAAAAACCAGUUUAGCUGCAGCAGCGCUCGUGUUAAAUUCAAAAUAUUCUAAUUCCAAAAUGUUUUACGCAAAAAUAAAUUGUGUUGCGCUUAGCGAAUGCGCUGGCCUCACAAAGAGCUUUACGGCGAUCAGCAAGCGUUUGCUGGCAACAAAACAGCUUGAGGACCCUGUUUGCCCGGCACAACCAACUAUUACCUUGGAACAGCCUGCAGAUGCUAGCCUUGAGUGGCAACGAGCACGUCCAUACAGCGAAUUACCACAAGAUAGCGUUUUCAGACUGUUAACUAAGUUUUUACCUGGUGGCCGUUACAAAAAUUUAGAUUCCAACGCCUUGGAAAUGGCAAUGAAAGAGGAUCACGGUGAUAUAUUUGUAGUGCCCGCGUUUAUGGGUCGACCCAGCACCGUGGUGAUACAUAAUCCAGAAGAUUUCGCACGCGUAUUUCGAAAUGAGGGCGUGUCGCCGAUAAGACCAUUUGCAACAUUACGUUAUUAUCGCAGUAAAUUGCAGGCAGAUUUCUUUAAGCAAGUCGAAGGGGUGUUAACGACACAAGGUGAGCGUUGGAGCACAUUCCGCUCGGCCGUGAAUCCAUUACUAAUGCAGCCGAAGAAUGUGCAAAUGUACCUCGGCAAAAUGGCGCAAGUGAACCAAGAAUUUGUCGAAAGAAUCCGUGCAAUACGCGAUCGCAACACUCAAGAGAUGCCGAACAAUUUUGAAGAUUAUCUGCAGUGUUGGCUGCUAGAGUCUCUCUCCAUUGUCACAUUGGGGAAACAACUCGGUUUGCUGCGUGAUCACAGUGAAAAUUACGAAGACGCGCUGAAAUUAUUGGCCGCCUUAAACACCAUAUUUACAGUCGGCUUUGACUUGGAGUGGAAACCCUCACUGUGGCGUCGUGUGCGCACACCAAAGUUCAGACGUUAUUUACAGGCGUUAGACGACAUGCAAACGGUCACAUUGAAAUAUGUAGACGAAGCAAUCGCCAAUAUGGAGGCCGAAAAGAAACUGGGUAUCGUGAGGCCGGAGAAUGAAAUGAGCGCAUUUGAGAGACUAUUGAAGAUCGACAAGAAAAUAGCGACAGUGAUGUGCUUAGAUCUAUUCCUAGCCGGCAUUAAUACGACAACCUCAUUCGCGACAGCGAUUUUACUUUGUCUGGCGAAAAAUCCCGAAAAGCAACAAAUUCUACGGAAGGAAUUGAUGCGUGUGUUGCCGCAGAAAGACGGCGAUUUCACAGCCGAUGCGUUGAACAACAUACCCUAUCUGCGCGCCUGCAUCAAAGAAGCCAUACGUAUUUAUCCUCUGACUGUCGGCAUCGUACGCGUGACGCAAAGUGAUCUGGUUCUCAGUGGUUAUAGAGUGCCUAAAGGCAGUGUAGUGAAUAUGGUAUUCACAUCGUUAUUCACGAAUGAAAACUACUUUGCACGCCCAAAAGAAUAUUUACCCGAACGUUGGCUACGCUCGGCUGCAAUGGAAGAAGGCGGAGAGCAGCAGUCUGGCGUAGUGUGUUCGAAAUCGUUGCGUCCGAGUAAUCCUUUUGUAUAUUUACCGUUCGGUUUUGGUCCGAGGGUUUGUUUAGGCCGCAGAGUAAGUGAGUUGGAAAUAGAGUUGGGUAUUGCCAGAUUGGUUAGAAAUUUCCAAAUUGAGUUUAAUCAUCCAAUCGAUAAACCAUUUAAAAGUUUGUUUGUUAACAUGCCAAAUAUACCGUUAAAAUUUAAAUUUACGGACAUUGAAUAGAUUCUAUAAACAAUAUUUUAUUAUUUUAUAUCAAAAAAGUGGUUUAAUGUAAAAAAUUGUACAAAAUGGUGGUUUUAAGAGGUUUAUAUUAGAGACUAAAGUUGAUUUUU